AAGCCAUUUAUCAAGCAAAUCGCCUGGAUUUGAUGAUUUGAGCUUGUAUUAUUUCUAUAAAUAUACUUUUUCAGUUUCAACAAUCAUUCAGAAAUAAUUGAAACGAUGAUCUAGAGAUAAACUGACAGUUAAAUGACCAUAGUUUUAAGCCAAUGAAACCCUAAUACAUCAAUGUGAAAUGUUAGAAUUGCAGCUUUGUAUAAUCCGGAUAAAUUAUAAAUUGUAUCAAGAAAUGGGCAUUUUAACCAAACUAGUUUCCCAUUUGCAUACGAAUCAAAGGUGGAAGUCAAAGUUCAACAAAGAACGCUGGCUCGUUUCAACGACGCCUCAUUUCGGAAGUACGGGAAAUACAUUUGUUUUACGACCACCUCACAUGACAAGGAAGCGGGAAGUUCACACAGUUGUUUUUCUUCUUCUCCUUCUUCACAGCAGCAGCAGCAGCAGCAGCAGAAGCAGCAGCCCACCGCAUGAAGCUCUCCCUUAAGUCGCCGCAGCCCCGCGCGUCCCCCAGAGGCGAUGCUGGAGUUUGGAGAGACGCCCCGACGGCGCUAAGGCGCAGCCACCGUGCCGCGCGCAGCCUCAAAAGCGCGACAAAGUCUUUUCGCGCGGUCUCGCCGAGAACAUGGAGUACUGGAGGCAGUGUACGAUGUGGCUGAUCAGCUGCAAAGUGCUGCCCGCCAACCACCGGGUGACCGCCGACGCGGCGCAGGUGUUCGAUCUGGCGCAAACCCUGCGGGACGGGGUGCUGCUCUGCCAGCUGCUCAACAACCUGAGACCUCACACCAUCGACCUGAAGGAGAUCAACCUGAGGCCGCAGAUGUCACAGUUCCUGUGCUUGAAGAACAUCCGUACAUUCCUGACUUGUUGCUGCAAUGUGUUUGGGAUGAAGAAACAUGACCUAUUUGAAGCCUUCGACCUCUUUGAUGUUCGAGACUUUGUGAAGGUUGUGGACACACUAUCCAAGCUCUCCUACACAGCAAUUGCACAGCAAAGAGAAAUCAAGCCGUUUCCAACGGAGGAAAGCCUCAAAGACGAGGACAUUUACCAUAAUCUGGAAGACUUGAUUGACGAGAAGGCCAACGAUGACGAGGAUGACUUGUAUGCAGCGGUCUACGGGGUGGAAGAAGACUAUGCAGGCGGAGAGAUCUAUGAAGACCUCAUGAGGAAUGAGCAGCAUCCCCUCGUGAAGCAGGCCGAGGUGGACGUCCGGAGCUGCUGCCUCACAGAGAUCAAACAGACGGAGGAGAAAUACACAGAGACCCUAGAGUCCAUCGAGAAGUAUUUCCUGAACCCUCUCAGGAAUUUCUUCUCUGCGGCUGAAAUUAACAAAGUUUUUGUCAACAUUCCAGACCUGGUUAAAGUUCACAAGAGCCUGAUGGGUGACGUGCAGGACUCCAUCUUAUACAAAAAUGCCUUAAAUCUCUACCAGAUUUUCAUCAGCUACAAAGAGAGACUGCUCAUCUAUGGGAUAUACUGCAGUCAGGUGGAGAUAGCCAUCGCUGUGCUAGACCUCAUCUGCAAAGAGAAAGAGGAUGUCCGUCUAAAGCUUGAGGAGUGCUCAAAGAGAGCCAACAAUGGCAAGUUUACUCUGAGGGACCUGCUGGUUGUCCCGAUGCAGAGAGUCCUCAAGUACCACCUGCUUCUUCAGGAACUAGUCAAACACACCCACGAUGCCGCUGACAAGAGCAACUUGAAGAUUGCUCUUGAUGCCAUGAAAGACCUGGCUCAGUUUGUUAACGAGGUGAAGAGGGAUAAUGAGACACUCAAGGAGAUCGACCAGUACCAGAGGUCCAUUGAAAACCUGAAUCAGCCUCUAAUCAGCUACGGUCGGCCGAAAGGUGACGGAGAGGUGCGCAUGGUCUCCAGUGUUGACAAGAGGAAACAGGACAGACACAUAUUCCUUUUUGAUGUGGCUGUCAUUGUUUGCAAGAGAAGAGGAGACAACUAUGAGAUGAAGGACAUACUUGACCUCAACAACUUCAAGAUAACAAACAACCCCACCACCGACAGAGAGGGUAAAAAGUGGUGCUACGGGUUUUACGUGACUCACCAGCAGGGCCACGCCGGCUUUGAGCUCUUUUUUAAGACCAGGGAACUGAAGAAGAAGUGGCUGGAACAGUUUGAAAUGGCCAUAUCCAAUAUUCGACCAGAUAAAGCCAACCACAACACCCACCAGUUCAUAAUGCACACCUUUGAAAGGAUCACUUCCUGUAGUUUCUGCCACCUCUUGCUCAGGGGCAUCUUUAACCAAGGUUACCUGUGUCAGAAAUGUGGGCUGGGGGCCCAUAAGGAGUGUCUGGGUCGACUGGGAAUCUGUGGGAGAACAGACUCUGCCAAGCCGAAACCCAAGGAAAACACCGCACCACCGGACCCAGGUUUACCCAGGAUGUUGGUGAUCAGAGACUACAGUGGCAUCCCCGUUCCACAGUGCGGGCCCCCACUGGGCAUUCACGCGGGGGACGUCAUUGAACUGAUGUUUGCCGAUGUGCACAGCUCCUGGUGGCAGGGAAGAAUUCUGGCAACAAGCAAGAUUGGCUUCUUCCCAAGUGACGCUGUGAGGCCGUGCCCAUGUGUUCCGAAACCCGUCGAUUACUCUUCACAUCUCUGGUUUGCAGGUCCUUUUGAGAGAUACCAGGCCGAGGUGGAGCUUCUGGACCGGGACAACGGCACAUACCUGGUUCGACACAGGAGCAAAGAGUGCACUGAAUACGCCAUUAGUAUAAAGUUCAACGAUAAAGUCAAGCACAUUAAGAUUCUGACCAAGGACGGCUGCUUUUACAUCGCCGAGAGUCGGCUGUUCAAGACUUUGCUGGACUUGGUGGAAUACUACAAGCAGCAUUCAUUGAAGGAGGGCUUCAGCAGUCUCGACACCAAUCUGCAGGUCCCAUACAGGGAACUGUCCAAUGGGAGCCUGCCCAAGGCCAUAACCAGAGCUGGCAGCCUGAACCCCCCAUCCACCCCUCACUUGCUCCGUUUCUCUGUAGUUCCUCUUGGCGGCUGCAGCUUUGUUCCUCCCUCCUCCUCGCCUUUCUGGUCAGUGUUUUCUCCCAGGGUGGUGGGUGUUGCAGUGGCACGUUAUGACUUCUGCUCCAGAGACACACGGGAGCUCUCGCUGCUGCAGGGAGACAUUAUCAAGAUCUACACCAAGAUGUCCAAUGGCUGGUGGAAGGGAGAGAUCGACGGCCGGAUGGGCUGGUUCCCUUCGACCUACGUGGAAGAGGAGGACUGAUUUCGUGACUCAGCGUCCAUCUAAAGCCGACCACCUCCGGCGAGUGCCGUGCUGCUCAGACACUCCGUGCGCCCUGCGAGUCUCUGUGAUGAAACCCCAAAGUGUUGGACUAAAGAGGAGGCCGAGAUGCGCUCAAAGACCUCCUCCUGCCCUCUGACAGACUCUCCCGCGGAGCAGAUGUCCAAUCACUGAUUCCAGGAGCGUGGGGCCAUAUCUCGCCUCUGUGUGGCCCCGUCUGCCCCCCCCCCCUCACUGCGGCCCCAUGGGAAGCGCACGUGGCUGUAGGCAGAUAACCCUACACCCACUCUCUCAGCUCACCUUGUCUCAUUAUCGAUGACUCCAUUGGCUGGUGUGAGACUCGCCUUCGCUGUCAUCGUGUUUUUAGUACCAGGACGGGCUCAGUCCGACACAACUGGAACGCAGAGCCCCGCUGGCGGCGCGGCGCCCAGGUGCCUCGUCCAAUUGAAAUGCAGGAGCCGAGGAGCUUGGACAGUUGUCGGGAACGUCCCGAUUUUUCGUACUCAACGAGCCGACUUUUUAGAGUUGAAAUCCACUGGACUGAGAUAAAGUGUGGUGUUUGUGAUAUGUGAUAUUUAAAUGCAAUCGCUGAAACACUGUUUGAAAAGAAGGAAGGAAAGAUUUCAGCUCCGCAAGAUGGAUCUGUCAUGCUCAAAGAUUUCAUCCCUAUUGUAUUAUAAAUUCUUAUCAAUCAUUGUUUAUUUGAAUCAUUACCUACUUUGCAGAGUGAAAUCAAUCACAUAACAAGUCAGAAUGCAACACAAGAAACAAGCUAAAUCCCAAAUUAUUAUUGUUUUUUUAUGAUUAUUAUUGUCAUCAUCAAAUCAGCAUUUGCAACAUAGAAGAAGCUUCUGCUGUUGCUGCUAAAUUUUGCCAACACGCUCUCUGGAUUUUCCAGUCAGUGACGGUGAAGAGUUAUACCUGCGAAGCUUUAUUCCCCAAGAAAUGUUUGAAAAGGUCAAGGGACGCCAAGGAGAGUCUUCCAGAGAUUUAUUUGAGGGUGAACAGAAGAGUCGAACCUGGAGCACAUUGUGGAGGAUUCCCACAGAGCCGUCAGACAGACAGGUGAGUAAAACAAACACGCCAAUGAUGUACCUCCGGAGCGAAAACGUCAAUAUUGCUCGAGUUGUGAUUAAAUUGCGGCCCUGGUUUUGCUGUUUGUUAAACUCUGUGAUGUCUCAGUCUUUCCUAUAUGUGCCGUGUUGACAUUUU